AUGGCUAUGCCAUCAGGCCACUAUCGUCAUGUUUUUCAGAUGGUAGACGUCAUUACGCGCGUCCCCGGAAUAGAACGUGUGGAGCCGAUCGAAGUUGAUAAAGCUAGCUACUUUAAGAGGCCCGCCAUAACAUCAGACAAGCUCGUCGUCGUUUUAUCUGAUAUACAUAACCAAAUAUCCGCAGAGGUCGAAGCUCUCGCAGUCAAAGACUUGGAGUUCGACUUCGACAAGCCGAAGCCCCGUCAGGGGAUAGUUAGUUUGUAUGCGGGCAUGAUGUGGCUUAGCAGUGCUGCUCGUAAUGCUCUUCUCGGGCUGCCGCUGUUGCAGCCGCCGUGCCUUGCGACGUUCCCUCUAGUUGGGUCCGGUCUAUACGAGGAUGCUUCUGCGGGCCCCGAGAUGGCGACGAGCAUGGGCCGGAGGGCGGUUACUUUUGUUGGCCCAAGUCUACAGACUCUGCCAACCGCUUGA